AUGUUUCUUAGCAACAACAACAACAACAACAACAAACAAAAACGACUUGCAACGGGUGCUGUAUUCAGCAGUGUUCUUUUAAUGUCGGGCGUAUUUGCCGCUCCUCCUCCUCCAGCUUACACAAACGACGAUUUUGAAGAGGAAGAAGAAGAAGACGAUGACAAUGACACUUUGAAUGAAGGUGAACGAGACGUUGUGGAUGAGCUUGCCGAUGAGUGGACUGGAGAUGACAUUGCAAACGACGAUGACCAGCAGCAGCAGCAGGAGCAGGAGCAUCUUGACACUGAACAGUUACCCCUUGAAGAGCAAGAUAGUAACAGUAAUAUCAUUCGCGUCAAAGUCGAUGAACAGGAUACACAACAAAGCAUUCUUGAUCCACCCGAUGAUAAAACACCAUGGAUCGAUGAGGAUAAUGACAAGCAACAGCAGCCAGCAGCAGGAUCUGUAAACGAAGAGGGCGAAGAUACUGGUUUUGAUGAUGCUGGAACAUUGGAUUUGGCCGAACAAGAGGAUACGGAUGAUGCUGAAGAUGAUACGCCAGCCAACCUUGAAGAUGACGGUGAUGAUGAUGGCACCAAGGCAGCCGAGAAUGAGACACCUGAAGAUAGCGAAUUGACUGUUGAAAAGCCUUGGGACGACUCAACAUCCGAAGAAGAGGAAGAGGAAGAAGCUCAUGAUACUACUACUGGUGAUGAUGAGAAAUCAGCGUUUGAUGAUAACGACGACCAAGCUGUCGAUGAGGUGGAAGAAGAACAAACUGUUACCAUGGAAAUAGAUGAUGGCAACCUAACGGAACAACUACCACCCUAUCAGACACAGCAAGAAACAAGUGACGUUGAAGAUCCAUCCACAGCACUACCACCCACCGUGGAGGAUGACAGCAUGAUCAAAUUGGAUGAUUAUCAAGUGGAUAAUACCGUCGAGGAGAUCAACCAAUCGCUUGAGAAGGCUCUGGAUAGUCUACAACAGCCAGGAUCAAUAGCCGAUCAAAAUGAGAGAGUGGAAUUUGCCAAUGCAAACAACUUUUUCCCAGAUGAAAAUCCUCAACGUUACCCAUCAACGAUCCCACCUCCCAUCCAACCCACAAAACCUGAACAAGAAGGCUUCUCAGUAUCCAUGCUGUUCUUCAUUGCCCUUUCAUUGUUCCUUCUUAUGAAGGCACCCAAGAUCAAGCGAUACCUUACUCCUCGUUCCGGAGACUACAAAUCAACGCUGCCAUACCAUCAUGCUCAUGGAAAAACACGCGAUUAA